AACUGUCAUUACUUUUGAAAAUCAAAAUGUUUGUUGUCUGUUUACAUUUUGCGUACUGGCAUUGAAACUAAAUAAUUUGCAAAGCCGGAUGCCUUUCUACAAAUAUGUCUCUUAAAAGUACCGUUAUUUUCGAAAAUUCGGAAUCGAUUGCUAGUGUUGACAAAUUAAAUAAUGAAGUGGAAAAACUGAACGAAUGUAUUCAAUUGGAGAGAAGAAAGUACCAGGAAUACUCCAUCAUUCGAGAUGUAGCUAUGAGUUGCACGACAGAAGAAUCUGGUUUACCUAGCGAAUUGCAGUCUAAAAUUCUCGAUAUUUUAUCGGCCGUCGAAGUGGAGGAUUGCCUUGAACUGGCAUCUAAUGACACCCUGUUGGGACUCGCCCCUCUUAAUAUUCAAUUGCGCUACGAAGAAAAGGAACAAAUUAGAAAUACCGUCCAACAAGGCAUUAUGAAUAAAAGUCGAAAACUUUUCCAGGAAUUAGACGAGUUGGGGAUCGAUUAUAGCAAUGAAAACAGUGACACCCACUCAGUUUUGGGUAUCAGUGUCGACGAUAAGAUACUAGUGGAUUACAAGAAAGAACUAAACGAUAAACAAAGCCUGUACGCUUCGCAGCUGCAAGAACUGAUAUCGGUUCUCAAGGAGAUUAUCGAGCUAAAAUUGAAAACGUUACCCGAAUCGACGAAUAAGAAAAUUCAUGCUUGUGAAGUUCAGUUGCAGUUAUUUCAAUUGCAGUCCCAGGUGAUGGACGCAAAGACUAGAGUCGAUAUUUUUACAGAGACUAGCCAGUCCAUGGAGGCGUAUCGACAACUAUUAAAGGACAUUUACAAGCAGCAAGAAGACUGCAAACGAGAAAUUCAGCAGUUACGGGAAUUGAAGGAGCGUUAUGAACAGGUGUCUUGUAAGCAGUAUAACGAAUUAUUGCAAAGUUAUAUAAAAUACAAAACGAUUAUUGAAAGCAAAAAAAACUUCCUUAAUCGUUUAAGUGAAAAGUAGUAUUAGUUGCGUGAUACAAAAAUAGACAGUAUUGAAACUUGCAAUAUGAUUUUAAGUUAUAAUCAACGAUUCUUGUUUGCCUUACAUUGCGAAUCAUGUUUUUGAGAUUGCCUAAAAGGUUUAAGUACAUUGUUAUUGAUAACAAAAAGCUGCUUAAACGUUGUUAUAAUAUAGUUAUAAUUAUGUAUUUUAUUAACUUUGAAUAGUAUAAAUAUAUUGUGCUGUAUAUGUUUGCCCAGUUUUAGAAGAAAGACGAAUUCAUAAAAUAUAUGCGGAACAUUUAUAAAUAGUGUGAAAUGUGGAUUUAUUAAGAGAUAAAUAAUUUGUAUAAAUGAAAUCGUUUUAAAGAAAACCAACACACUUAUCGUGUUUAAUAUUGUUAGAUGUUCUAACACAAGACUACUUCAAAAAUAAACAGAUUGAAACCUCA